GCCACUCGUGGGAGGCGCUGUCGGGAGCCGGGGAGCGCGUAGGCCCCUGCCUGCCCAGCAGCGUGCUCCUGCCCAGUGACCAUGAUAGUGUUCGUCAGGUUCAACUCCAGCCACGGUUUCCCAGUGGAGGUCGAUUCUGACACCAGCAUCUUCCAGCUCAAGGAGGCGGUUGCUAAGCGACAGGGGGUUCCAGCUGACCAGUUGCGUGUGAUCUUCGCAGGAAAGGAGCUUGGGGAUGAGUCAACAGUGCAGAACUGUGACCUGGAACAGCAGAGCAUCGUUCAUGUUGUGCAGAGACCACAGAGAAAAGGUCCAGAGACCAAUGCGCCUGGAGGAGACAACCCCAGAAGGACCUCAGGAGGCUUCCAGAGGGAGCCAGCGAGCUUAACGCGAGUGGACCUCAGCAGGGACGUGCUCCCGGCAGUCUCCGUGGGGCUGGCUGUUAUUCUGGAUGCCAGUGGCAGCAGGGGCUCAGCAGCAGCUGGAAGUCCAGCAGGUAGACCAACCUACAACAGCUUCUAUGUUUACUGCAAGGGCCCCUGUCAAAGAGUGCAGCCAGGAAAACUCAGAGUUCAAUGUGGCACCUGCAGACAAGCGACCCUGACCUUGGCCCAGGGCCCAUCUUGCUGGGAAGAUGUCUUGGAUCCAAACCGGAUGCAUGGUGAAUGCCAAGCCCCAAACUGCCCUGGGACCAGAGCAGAAUUUUUCUUUAAGUGUGGAGCACACCCGACCUCUGACAAGGAAACAUCAGUAGCUUUGAACCUGAUCACAACCAACAGUCGCAACAUCUCUUGUAUAACCUGCACAGACAUAAGGGACCCUGUCCUGGUCUUCCAGUGCAACCACCGCCACGUGAUUUGCUUGGACUGUUUCCACUUGUACUGUGUGACGCGGCUCAACGACCGGCAGUUUGUCCACGACCCCCAGCUUGGCUACUCCCUGCCCUGUGUGGCUGGCUGUCCCAACUCCUUGAUUAAAGAGCUCCAUCACUUCAGGAUUCUUGGAGAAGAGCAGUACAGCCGGUACCAGCAGUAUGGAGCGGAGGAGUGUGUGCUGCAGAUGGGCGGCGUGCUGUGCCCCAGCCCCGGCUGUGGAGCGGGGCUGCUGCCCGAGCCAGGCCAGAGGAGAGUCACCUGCGAGGGAGGCGGCGGCCUGGGCUGUGGGUUCAUCUUCUGCCGCGACUGUAAGGACGCCUACCACGAAGGGGCGUGCAGUGCACAUUCUGAGGUCUCGGGAGCCGGAGCUCAGGCCUACAGGGUGGACGAGAGAGCCGCGGAGCUCGCUCGCUGGGAAGAGGCCUCCAAGGACACCAUCCAGAAAACCACCAAGCCCUGUCCGCGGUGCCACGUGCCGGUGGAGAAAAACGGAGGAUGCAUGCACAUGAAGUGUCCGCAGCCCCAGUGCCGGCUCGAGUGGUGCUGGCACUGCGGCUGCGAGUGGAACCGCACCUGCAUGGGCGACCACUGGUUCGACGUGUAGCCGGGAUGGUGACUGGAGAAGCACGGC